UUUGUCCGCAAAAUGUCAAAGGUUGAACAAGAAUUGAGAAAUUUGUGUGGCCAAAAUAUUUUUCACAACAAUUAAUGAUAUUUUUUUGAUCAAAAAGGAUACAUAUCUUAGAAACUUUAUGGUACAAUUUGAAAAUAAAAAAAUUACUUUUUGGUCAAGUAUCCACCAGAUCCCAUCACAUAAAUUCUGAUUCUCCCUACGGUCUUCCUAGAAUCUCUCUUUCUAUCACUGAAUCUGUUUCUUCCAAAAUCUUAUCUUUUUGUUGGUUUCUUCUCUCAUUGGUGUUUGUGUUUCCAAUAAAAUAUUUCAUUGAUUAGCAGAAGUUAAAUGUGCUUCGUUGAUUGAAGAGAAUUAAGAAUCUGAAAUAGCUAUGGUCGAUUGUGAGCCUCCAACACGUCUUCAGGGAAAAUUUGUUGUAAUAGUGGUUUGUUGGCUUCUUGGCAAUGGGUGUCUUUUCUCUUGGAAUAGUAUGCUGACAAUAGAAGAUUACUAUGUUUCCUUGUUUCCGAAAUACCAUCCUUCUAGAGUGCUUACUCUUGUAUAUCAACCAUUUGCAUUUGGAACACUAGCAAUACUUACUUACUAUGAAGCAAAAAUCAAUACAAGGAAGCGGAAUCUCUUUGGAUAUACACUCUUUUUCUUGGGGAUUUUGGCUGUGUUAAUUUUGGAUUUAGCAACAUCUGGUAAAGGAGGGAUUGGAACUUAUAUUGGUGUAUGCAUAGUUAGUGGUGUAUUUGGAAUAGCUGAUGCUCAUGCACAAGGAGGAAUGGUUGGAGACCUAUCCUACAUGGAUCCGGAUUUCAUUCAGUCUUUUCUUGCUGGUGCUGCAGCAUCAGGUGCCUUAACAUCUGCUUUGAGGUUAAUUACAAAAGCAGUUUUUGAGAAUUCUCAAAACGGUCUUCGCAAAGGAGCUAUUACGUUCUUUGCCAUAUCAACAUUCUUUGAGCUUUUGUGUGUUAUUCUCUAUGCAUUUGUGUUUCCUAAAUUACCAAUUGUGAAGUACUACCGUUCAAAAGCAGCAGCUGAAGGUUCCAAAACUGUUUCAGCUGACCUUGCUGUAGCUGGAAUUCAGACCUCAACUGGAGGAGCUACUGAAGAUUCAAGGCUAGUUGAGCGCAAAGGAAAUAAGCAAUUGUUAAUGGAAAAUAUUGAUUAUGCUCUUGAUUUGUUUAUGAUAUUUGCUCUAACAUUGUCUAUUUUCCCUGGAUUCUUAUCAGAAGAUACUGGAUCACACAGUUUGGGAACCUGGUAUGCUCUUGUUUUAAUUGCUAUGUAUAAUGUGUGGGAUCUUAUUGGAAGAUACAUUCCACUGAUUAAAAUCCUGAAGUUGGAGUCAAGAAAGUUGAUCACUAUAGCAGUCAUUUCUCGAUUGUUACUUAUUCCAGCAUUUUAUUUCACUGCAAAGUAUGGUACACAAGGUUGGAUGAUACUGUUGACAUCAUUCUUGGGGUUAUCUAAUGGUUAUCUCACUGUUUGUGUCCUCACUGAAGCACCUAAAGGGUACAAAGGACCUGAACAAAAUGCAUUGGGAAAUUUGUUGGUAUUGUUUCUUCUUGGAGGUAUUUUUGCUGGGGUAACACUUGAUUGGUUGUGGUUAAUUGGUAAAGGAUGGUGAUAACACAACCAAGAUAAAUUAUAGAAAAUAGCAGAGGCAUAUUCACAAAUAGAUUCUUUUUUCUACGUUCUUAUUCUUCAUUAUGAAUAUUUAGAAAUUCUUUGGUCAAUAUUGGUGUUUUAUUCUUGUUAAAGCUAAAUCGAAUUAAGAUCAUACUUUUUCCAAUUUUUUCAGUUGAUUCACCACAGGUAA